GCGCGGGCGGGGCGCGGAGUGUAGAGAGGCGGGGAGUGUCGACGCAGCUAUGGCGGCUCCGGAGCCGUUGUCCCUAGCGGGCGGCGCGGGCGAGGAGGCGCCAGAGGAUGACGAGGACGAGGCGGAGGCCGAGGACCCGGAGCGUUCGGCUGGAGCUGGCGGCGGGCGCAGUGGAGGCGGUUCUGGUGAGUGCCAGGUCCAGGGCCCAGACAGCCCACUGUUGCCGCAGGGGAAGAAGUUCAUGGGGGACCUGCAGCCAGAUGGGAGGAUUGUAUGGCAGGAAACCGGCCAGGUCUUCAACUCACCCAGUGCCUGGGCCACCCACUGCAAGAAACUGGUGAACCCAGCAAAGAAGUCAGGCUGUGGCUGGGCCUCUGUCAAGUACAAAGGCCAGAAACUGGACAAGUACAAGGCCGCCUGGCUCCGGCGACACCAGCUCCACAUGCCUGCAGCUGCUGUGGAUGAGACACCCCCCACAGAGGCCAUGCCUUCUGGGAAGCGGGUGGAGAACAAAGUACGGGUGCCAGUCCGCUACUGCAUGUUGGGGAGUCGUGACUCUGCCAGGAACCCUCACACCCUGGUGGAAGUAACAUCCUUUGCAGCAGUCAACAAGUUCCAGCCAUUCAAUGUGGCAGUUUCCAGCAAUGUGCUAUUCCUGCUGGACUUCCACAGCCACCUGACUCGGAGCGAGGUCGUGGGUUACCUGGGGGGCCGCUGGGACACCAACAGCCAGAUGCUCACUGUGUUGCGAGCCUUCCCCUGUCGUAGCCGGCUUGGGGACACCGACACUGCAGCUGUCAUUGAGGAGGAGAUUUACCAGAGCCUGUUCCUGCGUGGCCUGUCCCUGGUGGGCUGGUACCACAGCCACCCACACAGCCCGGCACUGCCCUCGCUACAAGACAUAGACACCCAGAUGGACUACCAGCUGCGGCUGCAGGGCUCCAGCAAUGGCUUCCAGCCCUGCCUGGCCCUGCUCUGCUCCCCUUACUACUCUGGCAACCCAGGCCCUGAGUCCAAGAUUGCACCCUUCUGGGUGAUGCCUCCUCCUGAGCAAAGGCCAAGUGACUAUGGCAUCCCCAUGGAUGUGGAGAUGGGCUACGUCCAGGACAGCUUCCUGACCAACGACAUCAUGCAUGAGAUGAUGCUACUGGUGGAAUUCUACAAGGGUGCCCCUGACCUGGUGAGGUUCCAGGAGCCCUGGGACCAGGAGCACACCUACCUGGACAAGCUCAAGAUCUCCUUGACCAGCAGGAUGCCCAAGGACCAGGGUCUGUGCCAUGCACUGGAGCAGGUUUAUGGGGCUCUCAAGCAAGGGAGCUGAGGGCCUGCCUUCCCCUGGCCCCCAGUAGCUCCAAGGCUUCAUCUGUUACUGUCUCUGAGUGAUUUAGUAGAGGUUCAAGCUCAGAUAAUAAAGGAACAAAAGCAGCAA